ACCCACAUUGUGAGUGCUCAUGCCAAGAAGACACAGCAGAGGAAUGAAGCUUCUACUGCUGCUGAGUGUGGGGCUGGGCCUGACCUGGGCCCUGCAGGACUUCCACCCUGAGCAGGUAACAGGACCUUGGCACACCCUCAAGCUGGCUUCCACUGACCGGUCUCUCAUUGAGGAAGGAGGUGCCUAUCGGUGCUUCAUGACUGACAUUGUCCUCCUGGACAAUGGCAACCUGAAUGUCACCUACUUCCACAGGAAAGAUGGAAAGUGUGUGAAGGAAUUCUACAUCGCAGAGAAGACUGACACACCUGGACAGUACACCUUUGAGUACCAAGGCAGAAACUCUCUGACUUUUGUGCAUGUUACUGAGGACUUCGCCAUCAUGGACUUGGAAAACCAGAGUGAAGGGGGCACCACCAUUGUAAUUGAGUUCCACGGCAGGAGUCUGUCCACAGAUGAGCUCGGAUGGGAACGCUAUCUCGUUCACACACGCAGAAGAGGCAUCGCACCAGAGAACAUUGUGGACCUUUCCUUAUCUCGUCGAUGUGACACACACUAGUCAACAUUUCCAUGACCCACAUCUCUUGAAGCUUCUGCCUUCCAACGCUGACCCACCCUUCUCCGUGUAGUAAAUAAACUCAGUAUCUGCUCAAGA